UAUUGUAAAUUAAAGUAAAAUGGAACAAAAUGAAAUGUCUGCUGUAAAUCAGAAUUUAUUGAAAAAUCAGCAUGAGCUUUUAAAACUUGCUGAAUUGGCUGGUAUACAGGCUAAUCCUGUGAUUUUUUGGAUAUCUAUUCAGCUAUUGAACAUGAUGGUUGAGCCUGAAGCAAUUUACAAACUACUGAAACUAAUAAUUAGGAAAAACAAAAAAAGUGUAAGAAAUAGAAUGCACAGUGAUAGUUCUACAGAAACCAAGACAUUGCAGGAUUGGCAGUACUGAUAAAUAAAUCCAUAAACCAUAGACACAUCAAUCUUUUUUGCGGUUAGAAUGUCAGGUAGUUGUCAACAAAUUUGAAUAUUUUUA